AUGGAUAUGGCUCAAAAGUUAAACAAGAAGAAACGUGCAGCUCAAGUACCACUUGAGAACGUGACAAUUGAAACUGAGCAUGACAGUGAAAGUGAAAGCAAGCAUUCUGUAAGUGGAGUUGAAGUUGAUUCUCUUCUCAAAGCGCAAGAGACUCGAUUGCAAACUCUUAGAGAUGGUGUUGACAAGCGAAAUGGUGAAAAGAUUCACAACCACUCUCAAACUCUUAUUGGUGAAGUUUCUCAACUUCGUGAUGUUUCGAAAGAACGUCAUGAGCUUUUUGCAAAACAACUGGAGGAAACGAAAGUUUGUUUGCAGACUCAGAUUUCUAAUAUUCGAAAGUUGUUGGAAAUCUGA